AACAACCCAUCCUUUUCACUCUUCUUCUCCUAAUUAAUUCUCUCCUUUCAACUAAAUCUCUCAUCGACAAACCUCAAAAAAUCAUACCUAAGUUUUUUUCCUUUCUUAAUUGAGAACUGAUUUCUCAAAACAGAAGCAUGGUUAUAAGAGAUGAUCAUGAAGGCCUUUAUGGUCUUGAUCAUCAAAACUCUGAAUCUAUGAACACACAAAUUAACGAUGAUGUGAACACCAGCCUCCGGCUAAAAAGCCGGAGUAUGAGCUCAGAAUCCGACGAAGAUGGUCGCUCAAAAAGGUUCCGAACGUCAUCGGAAUCCAAUUCAGAGGAUACAGAUCUUAUUGGUCUAAAACUCAAGAAGACACCAUCUUUUUUGAACUUGUUAGAAUCACAACUUUCACAAGUAAAACGUCGUGUUGGAAGACCAUCAAAUUCUUCCCAUAAUAAGUCAAAUAUAGAUGAUUUCGCUAUUGUUUCAGAAAAAUUGAAGGCCGCCAACUUUCCUGCUAUAAAGCUCACAAUUGGUGCAUGGAAGAGAGUUACGAAGCACGAAGGUGAUUUAAUAGCAAAAUGCUAUUAUGCGAAGCGAAAAUUAGUUUGGGAACUUUUGGAUGGGCCUCUUAAAAGCAAAAUUGAAAUCCAAUGGUCAGAUAUAAUAGCUAUUAGAGCCAUCAUGCCACAAGGUGAACAACCAGGAAUUCUUGAGCUUGAGUUGAACCAACCACCUACGUUUCAUCGUGAAACAAAUCCUCAACCUCGAAAGCACACAUUGUGGCAGCAGACAUCAGAUUUUACUGGAGGUCAAGCUCCCAUUCAUAGGAGGCAUUGUGUUAGAUUUCCUCCAGGAGUACUUGACAAGCAUUAUGAGAAGUUGCUAAGUUGUGAUGCAAGGUUGAAUGAACUAAGCAAACAACCUUUUCCUAGCCAAUUAUGUCCUUAUUUUGAUCAACCAGGGGUUUCAUUUGACAAUGACUAUGGAUCGCAACUUUUUCUCAAGAUGCAUUAUCCUUUUCAUCUCGCGCCUUCUUCUUCUUCAUCAACCGCUUUACUCCCUAACCUUCGAAUGCAUAAUAAAUCAGUAAUGACUGCAGAACCUUUCAGUUCAAGUUUUCCAGUGUCAGGUGGAAGUAGAAGCGAUGACUAUAUCAACCAAAUGAGUGGGCUUUGGGGCGAUCAAGGACCAAAUAACUCGGUGAAUGUUGGUAUGGGAAAUCAAACUAUUGGAAUGUCAACAACAGCACAAUCUCAUUGGAGUUCUCCAACCCAGGAUCAUCAAGCAAUGUAUCUGCAAAAUGACUCAAUGGAAAAAACUCAAAAUAACAUAGUGCUAAACUAUAUAAAGAACCAUUUGCUGGACGACAAUCAAGUGGCAUCCUACAACGAACCAACAAACUCAUUGCCAGAGCACCACGAAAAUACAGGCUUUGUAGUUACAGGUGAUGAUGUACAUGGCCUAAACUCCGGUUAUCAGAUGCUGAACAAUUAUGCAGAGGAUGUUGUACCAAACUAUGGAAUGACAUACGCGCAACCAAUUACUACUUGGAUAGAUCCUCAAGAAACAAAUGAUCAAUUUUCUACCACCAAUUAUGCUGCAGUUGGUGGAGGUUAUCCAACACAAGAUGUGAACCAAGAAGCAGAAUCUGUAUGGAAAACAAGAAACUAGUAGCUCAAAGGGACUACUAAGUGAUGAAAGAGAUCUCUUGCUUCAUAUUUUCCCGUUCUGCAUGCAAGUACAUUUUUAUUAUCUUACUAGAAAUUAGAGAACUUUGUUACAUCAACUCCAGCUCUAUGUUCCUUAGGAGUUGCAUGUUUCCUUUUAGCCUAUGUUUUGAUCGAUGCAAAUGAGCAAAGCAAUCACUUUUGCAAUUUGCUUUUGAGUAAAUGUAAAAGAGAUUUUAAUUAAAUUCAAGAUGGAAAUGUUGAA